AUGCUCAUGACUUCCAUGUUCUCUUCUGGUGUUAUUGUCGUCUCAGGUCCUCUGCCUCCUCGCGCAGUGACUUUGUCAAACAAAGGGCGCUCUGAUCAGCUGAGCGCUGCCUGGGAACCCCCUGCAGGAGAACAAGAGGGCUAUACACUGACGCUGUAUUACGCUGGAUCAGGCACGGUGGCAGCCAAGACAUCGGUACAGAGGGGGGUCACAAAUUUCACCUUCUUAGGUCUGCUCCCUGGAACGAAAUACUUGCUUGAGGUGUCUUCCUUGGCAGGGCCGUACCAGAUGUCAGCAAAGAAUGUCAGUGACUGGACAUACCCUUUGGUUCCCAGGAAGCUCUCCACAGUGAUUGAAAAGAGCAGGGCCGCGCUCUCUGUGUCCUGGGGAAAACCUCUUAGCAAGCCAAAGCUCUGCCAGCUGCAGCUGUGGCAUCAUGGCAACAGUACCAUGCUACAGAAUCACACCUUGGCCCCAUGGCAAGUCCAGCAUGUUUUCCAGGACUUGGCUCCAGGAAGAAAUUACUCUUUGUCUCUCAGCUGCAUUUCUGGGCCAUAUAAGAGCAGCUCUGAGACAGUGGUAAUACCAAUAGAGCUCACUGAGGUGAAGAACCUGCAAUGUUUCCCUGAUGUCACCAGUUUUUUUCUGAACUGGACCAUCCUUGAAGGUGAUAUUAAGACUUAUGAGCUGACAGUGGAGAGGUUUCCAAGAAGAGUCCUCCAUCAGUCUGUACAUCAUCUGGCUGUUUCCAGGGCUGAAGCAACUCUGGCAGAGCUGACCUCAGACUCUUCAUAUCAAAUCCUCAUUAAUGCUGUCGGCAGGAACGACAUGAGGGGUCCGUCUGUGACAGUGAUCUGCAACACAUCUGAGGAAGUCCUUCCCCCUCCCGUGCUAGCAGACAUUCCAGAAUUUGAUGCCAGCGCCAGAGUCAUCAUCUCUCCCGACAUGUUCAGCGAGGAGAACGGCCGCAUAGAGUAUUAUGGCAUCGUGGUCACCACCAAUGACUCCUUGUUGAGACCUACCCAAGACAUCGUCUCCCGCACAUGGUAUGACCACUAUUACGGGCAAGAAGACUCCUAUUUAGCUGUGUUGGUGCCGAACCCCUUUUGUCUCAAUGAGAGUACCAGUCCCAAGGCCUGGCCAGUGACUGUAGGUUCAGAGGAAUGCAGCCACUUGCGGAGAACUUGCAAUGGAAAGCUGAAGACAGACGCUCAGUACAGGUUCAGUAUUGCGGCAUUCACCAGAUACAGCCAGCGGUCUCCCAAAGUGUCAUUCACAGCCUUUUCAGCAGCAGAUGCCUCAGCAGACUCUGUUAUGCUCUCUGCUCCAGUUAUGGCUGGAAUCAUCAUGGGAUUCCUCCUGACAGUCACAGCAAUUGCUGGGUUGGUCUACAUGAAGCAUUUGAAGACAAGGAGAAAGGAGAAGGGUAACAUGCCACAAGAAAUGGCUACAUACAAUCUGAGAAAUAUCCACCGGCCCAUCCCCAUACAAAGUUUCAGGCAGUAUUAUGAGACGAGAGCAGCAAACUCCAAUCAUGGGUUCUUUCAGGAUUUUGAGGAGCUGAAAGAAGUGGGGAAAGAGCAGCCAAAAACAGAAGCUGAACACCCUGACAACCUCUCCAAGAACCGAUACCCCCACGUCCUGCCUUACGAUUACACCCGUGUAAAGCUGAGCCUACUGGAUGGGGAGCCCCACUCUGACUAUAUCAAUGCCAACUUCAUGCCAGGUUACAACUCUCCACAGGAGUUUAUUGCCACCCAGGGGCCCUUGAAGAAAACAUUGGAUGAUUUCUGGCGGCUGGUCUGGGAGCAAUGCAUCUGCACCAUUGUUAUGUUGACUGUGGGUAUGGAGAAUGGACGAGUGCUUUGUGAAUACUACUGGCCCUCGGAUACUUCACCUGUCUUUUCUGGACAGAUCACCAUCCACUUGCUUGCUCAGAAUUUUGCAGAUGAGUGGACCACACGGGAGUUCAAGCUCCAGCAUGCAGGGCUCAAAGAGGAGAGGAGAGUGACUCAUCUGCACUAUACAGCAUGGCCUGAUCAUGGUAUCCCUGAGUCCGCAACUUCCAUUAUGGCCUUCAUAGAUCUGGUGCGAGCGCAUGUGCAGAAUGCAAAGGACUCUGGGCCUACACUGAUACAUUGCAGUGCGGGAGUGGGCCGCACAGGCACUUUUAUCGCCCUCGACCGGCUCCUGCAGCAGCUAAAGCACGAGAAGAUGGUCGAUAUAUUCAACACCAUGUACAGUAUACGGAUGAGCCGCCACGUGAUGAUUCAGACUCUGGGGCAGUACAUUUUCCUGCACAAUUGCAUCCUAGAGAAGAUCUCUGAAAACCCUCUUAUUGGCCUCUCUGGAGUGGAUCUCUCCCACCCAGUCCCUCUGAAGAGCUUUGUUCAGCAUCAUGCAAGGAACAGUUACAAGGCCAAUGCUGGCUUCCUUAGGGAGUAUGAGAUGCUUUUGGAGGCAGCAAAAGAAGAAGUCACUUCUGCGGCACCACUUCCUGGCAACCACCAGAUCAACUGCUCCAGCAAAAUCCCUUAUGAUCAUGCUAAAGUGAAGUUCUCAGCACUGGAUCGAGAUCCCUUCUCAGACCUCUCACAUGUCUGGUUCAUCCCUGGCUGCAAUUCAGCCAAAGAUUACAUAGCUAUUGAAGGACCUGACAAACUGGCCCUGGAGGAGUUCUGGGGGCUGGUCUGGGAACAUGGAGUCCAUACCAUCAUCAGUCUAACAUCUGGGCAGAAGAGCAGCCCGGCUCCAGACAACAUCUGCUGGCCUUCUGAGGGUGAACCUGUCUCCACAGAGAUGCUGACCAUCCAACAAGGCCCCGAGAAGACGGUUUCAGGGUGGCCGUGCAUUCAGCUCCGACUGAAAUAUGAGAAGAAGGCCAAGGAGAGGGUGCUGCAACGCUUCCUUUUCCCUUUGUGGGAAGCAGAGGAGCAGCCAGCCCCCAAGGUUCUGGUGGGCUUCCUCACUAUCAUCAGGCAGCUGGUGCCACAUCGGAAGAGGAGCAGUCCCUUGGUCCUUCAUUGCAGUUCGGGAGGUGUGGGUCAGAUGGGCACGCUGAUUGCCUUGGACACCUUGCUGCAGCAGCUGAAAGGAGAGAAAAGCGUGGAUGUGUAUGGGGUUGUCUUGAGGCUGGUGAGGAGCUGCUGCCUGAUGACGCAGACACUGGAUAGGUACAUGUAUCUGUAUGAGUGCAUUCGUGACAUCAUCACCCAGAAACAAGUCUAGGGCCAUAACAGGAUUUUGCCUCCACUCUCUGUGAGA